GAGGAGGCUGUUCCCUGGAACUCCCUCUCCUCCCCCUGUCUGGGGCUUCCACACUGCAGCCCACUGGGACCUAUUCUCCUCCCCCUGUCUGGGGCUUCCACACUGCAGCCCACUGGGACCUAUUCUCCUCCCCCUGUCUGGGGCUUCCACACUGCAGCCCACUGGGACCUAUUCUCCUCCCCUGUCUGGGGCUUCCACACUGCAGCCCACUGGGACCUAUUCUCCUCCCCUGUCUGGGGCUUCCACACUGCAGCCCACUGGGACCUAUUCUCCUCCCCCUGUCUGGGGCUUCCACACUGCAGCCCACUGGGACCUAUUCUCCUCCCCCUGUCUGGGGCUUCCACACUGCAGCCCACUGGGACCUAUUCUCCUCCCCCUGUCUGGGGCUUCCACACUGCAGCCCACUGGGACCUAUUCUCCUCCCCCUGUCUUGGGCUUCCACACUGCAGCCCACUGGGACCUAUUCUCCUCCCCUGUCUGGGGCUUCCACACUGCAGCCCACUGGGACCUAUUCUCCUCCCCCUGUCUGGGGCUUCCACACUGCAGCCCACUGGGACCUAUUCUCCUCCCCUGUCUGGGGCUUCCACACUGCAGCCCACUGGGACCUAUUCUCCUCCCCCUGUCUGGGGCUUCCACACUGCAGCCCACUGGGACCUAUUCUCCUCCCCCUGUCUGGGGCUUCCACACUGCAGCCCACUGGGACCUAUUCUCCUCCCCCUGUCUGGGGCUUCCACACUGCAGCCCACUGGGACCUAUUCUCCUCCCCCUGUCUUGGGCUUCCACACUGCAGCCCACUGGGACCUAUUCUCCUCCCCUGUCUGGGGCUUCCACACUGCAGCCCACUGGGACCUAUUCUCCUCCCCCUGUCUGGGGCUUCCACACUGCAGCCCACUGGGACCUAUUCUCCUCCCCUGUCUGGGGCUUCCACACUGCAGCCCACUGGGACCUAUUCUCCUCCCCCUGUCUGGGGCUUCCACACUGCAGCCCACUGGGACCUAUUCUCCUCCCCCUGUCUGGGGCUUCCACACUGCAGCCCACUGGGACCUAUUCUCCUCCCCCUGUCUGGGGCUUCCACACUGCAGCCCACUGGGACCUAUUCUCCUCCCCCUGUCUGGGGCUUCCACACUGCAGCCCACUGGGACCUAUUCUCCUCCCCCUGUCUGGGGCUUCCACACUGCAGCCCACUGGGACCUAUUCUCCUCCCCCUGUCUUGGGCUUCCACACUGCAGCCCACUGGGACCUAUUCUCCUCCCCUGUCUGGGGCUUCCACACUGCAGCCCACUGGGACCUAUUCUCCUCCCCCUGUCUGGGGCUUCCACACUGCAGCCCACUGGGACCUAUUCUCCUCCCCCUGUCUGGGGCUUCCACACUGCAGCCCACUGGGACCUAUUCUCCUCCCCCUGUCUUGGGCUUCCACACUGCAGCCCACUGGGACCUAUUCUCCUCCCCUGUCUGGGGCUUCCACACUGCAGCCCACUGGGACCUAUUCUCCUCCCCUGUCUGGGGCUUCCACACUGCAGCCCACUGGGACCUAUUCUCCUCCCCCUGUCUGGGGCUUCCACACUGCAGCCCUCUGGGACCUAUUCUCCUCCCCCUGUCUGGGGCUUCCACACUGCAGCCCACUGGGACCUAUUCUCCUCCCCUGUCUGGGGCUUCCACACUGCAGCCCACUGGGACCUAUUCUCCUCCCCCUGUCUGGGGCUUCCACACUGCAGCCCACUGGGACCUAUUCUCCUCCCCCUGUCUGGGGCUUCCACACUGCAGCCCACUGGGACCUAUUCUCCUCCCCCUGUCUGGGGCUUCCACACUGCAGCCCACUGGGACCUAUUCUCCUCCCCCUGUCUGGGGCUUCCACACUGCAGCCCACUGGGACCUAUUCUCCUCCCCCUGUCUGGGGCUUCCACACUGCAGCCCACUGGGACCUAUUCUCCUCCCCCUAUCUGGGGCUUCCACACUGCAGCCCACUGGGACCUAUUCUCCUCCCCCUGUCUGGGGCUUCCACACUGCAGCCCACUGGGACCUAUUCUCCUCCCCCUGUCUGGGGCUUCCACACUGCAGCCCACUGGGACCUAUUCUCCUCCCCCUAUCUGGGGCUUCCACACUGCAGCCCACUGGGACCUAUUCUCCUCCCCCUAUCUGGGGCUUCCACACUGCAGCCCACUGGGACCUAUUCUCCUCCCCCUAUAAAUAA